AUGUCCACCAAACUGCAUACUCGUGAAAAUACAACCUCUGUGAGCGGUGUGUCCGGAGUGCAUAGCUUUGAUCGAGAUGAGGUUGAUAGCUUUGCAGAGUACAUUAGUAAUCAGCUUAAGGAUGAUGUGGAUGUUCAAUCCAAGAUGCCAGUAGUAGGAGAUGAACUAUUCAAUGCUGUUAAGGAUGGUAUUGUCUUGUGCAAGCUGAUCAAUAUUGCAGCUCCCAAUACCAUCGAUGAACGUGUUAUCAAUGUAAAGGUACCACUAAAUCCAUGGCAUAUCAAUGAGAAUUGUGAGCUUGCCAUCAAUUCUGCUGCCGGCAUUGGUUGUAAGACUGUAAACAUUACUCGAUCCAGUAUUCAAGAAGGAAAACCACAUAUUGUUCUUGGAUUGUUAUGGCAAGUUAUUAAGAAGAGCGUCACCAAAGACAUUACCAUUAAGCAUCACCCAGAAUUGGUUCUCCUCUUGAAAGAGGGUGAAGAUAUGGAAAGCUUUGUUAAUUUGCCCAUCGAGGAAAUUCUCAUGAGAUGGGUCAAUUAUCACAUUGCCAAGUCUCCAUUGAAUGGAAUCAAGAAGAUCACUAACUUUUCUACAGACAUUGCUGACUCUGAAAUUUAUACACAUCUUCUGAGUCAAGUUGCACCAGGUGUUUGUGAUUUGAGUCCUCUCCAGGAAGAUGACUUGACCAAGAGAGCCAAUCUCAUGCUUGAUCAAGCUGAAAAGAUUGAUUGCCGCCAAUUCAUCAAGGCAGGAGAUGUUGUCAAGGGCAAUACCAAAUUGAAUUUGGCCUUCAUUGCCAACUUGUUCAAUACAAGACCAGCUCUCGAAGUACCACAAGACAUGAACGUUGCUGAUUAUGCAUCCUUGUUGGAUUUCAGUUCGGAAGGAACCAGAGAAGAGAGAUCAUUCACAUUCUGGAUUCAAAGUUUGGGCUUGAAUGUAAAUCACCUGUUCGAUGAUUUGCGUGAUGGUGUUGUGUUCGCCGACUUGUGCGAAAAGAUUAAACCAGGAGCUGUUGAUCCAAAGAAAUACUCUACAAAUCCAAAGAAUCCAUUCCAAUCCAUUGCAAAUUGUAACUAUGCACUUGACGUUUCCAAGUCAUUGGGUGUUCAUGCUGUCGGAAUUAGUGGAAAAGACUUUUAUGACAAGAACAAGAAAUUUGUUUUGGCUGUGGUAUGGCAAUUGAUGAAAGUUUCACUUUUAAACACUUUGAAGAAUGUUGGUGGUGGUAAACCAGUCAGCGAAGAUGAUGUGUUGCAUUGGGCCAAUAAGAAGGUCGGAAGCCUAAAGAUUUCAUCGUUCGAGGAUUCUUCGUUGAGUGACGGCAAAUUUUUGGUUCAUUUGUGUCAUGCUGUGUCUCCACAAUCUUGUAAUCUGGAAAUGCUUUCCGAAGAGAGUGAACUCAAUGCCAAGUACGCCAUCAGUGUUGCCAGAAAGAUUGGUGCUGUAGUUUUCUUGUUGUGGGAGGAUAUUGUUGAGGUCAAUAAGAAGAUGAUUUUGAGUUUUGUUGCCUCACUCAUGUUGGCUGAGUUGAAUUUGAAAAAGCAAUAA